CACUUGUUAUGGUAACUGGAAUAUGCACUUUGACAGUCAAAUCCGAGUAUGAAAUACCCGUUUAUUUUGACACAGGAACAGAUGGGGGAGGGUGGAUUGUUAUUCAACGUAGGAUUAACGGAAGUACCGAUUUCUACCGCGGUUGGGAGGAAUACAAGGCUGGUUUUGGUAAUCUUAUGGGCGAGUUUUGGCUAGGUAAUGAAUACAUUCAUCAACUUACAGCCAGUGGAAACAGGGAACUUCGCGUUGAGUUGGAGGAUGAAGAUGGACAGAAAGCGUUCGCUCAUUACUCGCACUUUCAGGUCUUGUCUGAAGAGAAAGGGUACCAGCUGAAUGUUUCCGGUUACACUGGAACAGCUGGGGACUCACUGUCCUAUCACGACGGAAUGAAGUUCUCAACGUUUGACAAAGACAAUGAUCUGCGAAAAGGAAACUGUGCAAUAGACUAUGAAGGCGCGUGGUGGUACAAGUCUUGCGUCAAUUCGAAUCUGAAUGGUAAAUACGGUAGACCUACUGGUGCUGCGUGGUAUUUUUUCAAUAACAUUUGGGAGCCAAUGAAAAGGGUGGAAAUAAAAAUACGUUAAAGGGACAUAGACUACACAUCUUAGUUAUACAAACGUAUCUUUAUUCCUACUUAAAUGGCAAAUACAGUGCGUCUACUGGCAUUUGCUGGUAUCAUUUUUAAAUUUCAACAUUCGAGACAUGUCUACUGGCUCUUGUUGGUAUCAUUUAAACCACGGGUGAGAGUCCAUCAUAGGAAAAAAAAUGAAAAAAAUUCAAAAGCACAACUUGCUAGCUGUUCGUUAGCAAAUCAUGUUGUAGACAUUAAGUCACGCACGAUUACAAAAAUGAAACUUAGAUUAAAAUCCCUAAGAAACUUUGGUUUCUCUUGGCAUGAAGGUCUUUCAUGCAGAAUACUAUGAAUUAACAGAGUUCAUUUUAAAUUGGAUCGCGUUUUUACAGCGUCAAAACUGUUUUAUAAACAAUGUGUAUCAUCUUAAGAGAAAACCACUUUUGGAUUAUUCUUAAUUAUGUGAGUCAUUAUUUUUUGCAUUGUAUUUUGUCGUAUUUGGUUACAUACUAUGUUUAUAUCUUUGUAUU